UCGAGCAGCGGCUAUUCAGCAGCUUAGACAGCCUAGCGGAGUCGGCAAGAUCCCCGCCGGUGGUUCGCGCACGUGGACCUGAAAGUCCCGUGCCUCCGCGUGCCGUUCGUUGUUUCUUCUCGCGAUACCUUCAGUUUAUCGCACGCAGUUUAAUUCUGACAGGUCGAAGAGUAUGAAUAAUCGGCGCAGACCGUCGCCGUUUGCGAUGCUGGUGCUGGUGCUCGUGGUGCAGGUGAUCACGACUAUCGUACCCGCGGCGGCUGUCGGACCCCUGUCCAGAUCACUGAACGUCGACAACGUCCACUCGGAGGAGGACAACGAUGCCGUUGUCAUCACAGCCGCAGUCGAUCCGGAUCAGUUCGGAUCGAGGAAGGAUCGGGGCAUUCUUUGGAACGGAGCCACGACACGCGAGACCUGCUUGACUUCGAAAGGUGAAGUCGGUCGGUGUACGACCUUCAAAGAGUGCUACCCGUACUUCAAGAUUCCGGACCUCGGUGCUCUGGACGGUUGGGUCCUCGGCGUUUACGACACAUGCAGCUACAUCCGCGAGGAUGGAAAUCCGAGCUUCGGAAUCUGUUGCUCGAAUCUACAUCCCUUCUUCACGCCUGAUCCCGACAACUGCGACAAUUCUAAUCCACAAGUGGAAGACAAUAAGAAGAUAAGCGAGAGCGCAGGGAUAGCACGUCCUCAAGCUGCACCUACUUGGCCACCGCCGAUUCCUACACAUCCGCCCGAUCACACGAUACCGCCACUUCCGACUCAUCCACCUUCACCUGGCCUACCGACGUUUUCGACUACGCCAAAACCGAUCAGCACGAGCUCUAGCAAGAAACCCAGCGUCGGCACUACGUGGCCGACGAAGAAACCGGGUUGGUGGACCACCUCAUCGACAACCGUGUCGACGACUAACAAGUCUCCGAUCAAUAAUGACAAUCUCUCGCAAUGCGGUGCUAAAAACGGCAAUCAAGAUCAAGAGCGUAUCGUAGGAGGGAAAAACGCAGACCCGGGCGAAUGGCCGUGGAUCUGUGCGCUUUUUAACGCUGGACGACAAUUUUGCGGCGGAUCGCUCAUCGAUGACGUACACAUAUUGACGGCGGCGCACUGCGUCGCAAACAUGAACUCUUGGGACGUUGCGAGGUUGACGGUACGCCUCGGUGACUACAAUAUUAAGACGAAUACCGAAAUUCGUCACAUCGAGAGACGCGUGAAGAGAGUCGUGAGGCACCGAGGCUUCAACUCCCGUACGCUCUACAACGACGUGGCACUUCUCACGCUAAACGAGCCCGUGGAAUUCACCGAACAAAUACGACCUAUCUGCCUUCCUAGCGGGUCGCAAUUAUAUUCCGGCAAGACAGCGACCGUCAUUGGAUGGGGUUCUUUGAGAGAAAGUGGGCCACAACCAGCAAUUUUGCAAGAAGUUUCAAUACCCGUGUGGUCAAACAGCGAGUGUAAACUGAAAUAUGGUGCUGCGGCACCAGGUGGUAUAGUUGACAGUUUUCUGUGCGCUGGUCGAGCCGCUAAGGAUUCAUGCUCGGGUGAUAGCGGAGGACCUUUAAUGGUAAACGAUGGUCGCUGGACGCAAGUUGGUAUUGUAUCAUGGGGAAUAGGCUGCGGCAAAGGACAGUAUCCAGGCGUAUACACAAGAGUGACACACUUUUUGCCAUGGAUUUUAAAGAAUUUAAAAUAGAAGACGCACAUAUUUAACGCAUGUCUCUUUCACACCGUUGCUGUUUCUUCGACAAUAGGGAUUGCCGAAGAAACGUGAACUCGAUCGCACUCGCUUCGAAAAAUGUGAUAAAACUGUCAAGCCCUAAUAAAGAGCUUCAUAGCGAUAGUAAAAACAUCCGCUUUCGCAGUUGAAAGCGACAAUAUCGCCUUUUUUAAAGGAAAUUUUAUACUAUGUCAAUCUUUUUUUUACUACAUGACAUUCCAUUUUAAGUUUCAUCACGCUCUAUAUACGUUCUUUCAUCAUUAAAUAAAAUCAUCAUCAUUCAUUGUAGAGGUCAAUAAACUCGAUGAUUACUAGUAACAAAA